AUGUUGGCUGGAACAAACGAGCACCACCUAAGCGACAGUCCCGCCCGCACCUUCAGCGAUUCAAGCGACUCAAGAAGCCCAACCAUGACAGAGCUCAGUCAGACAGAGGUUGAUGUUGAUAUUUUCAAGAAAACACAGGUCCUUGAUCCAAAUUCAUCACAGGCGUUGGGAAGUCGACUUCAAGAGCUGUAUAGUGAUAAUAUCACGGCCAAGGUCCUGCGUGCUGCUGUCAAUUGUCUUCAAAACAACAGCCCAAUCACUGAGUUUCCAGAAUGGGUGCCCCAGUCUGGGCCAAAUGCCGGAAAGUACGAAUGCCGCGAAGCAGACUUCUGGACAUGUGGAUUCUUCCCCGGUCUGAUCUACACAGUACUUGAGCGUUUGAUCAAGUACCCCCAAUCUGCGCCCAUUGGAACAAGCAACUCCAUCAUUAUAAAGAAACUGCAUGAGCUAGGCGAGAUCUGGUCGAAUCCCAUCCACCCCAUGGGCGCCCGGACGGACACACAUGACAUGUCCUUCAUAAUCCAACCAUCGAUGCGGCCUCGCUGGGAACUAUUCCACGACGAGAAGGCUCUUUCAACCAUAAUCACUGCCGCAGAGAGUCUCUACACACGGUAUAGCCCUGAGAUCGGUGCUAUCCGUUCGUGGGAUCAACUCACCCAAAAGGGUGUCAACAUCACAUCCAUGGAGCAUGAUUUCCUAGUCAUUAUUGACUCCAUGUGUAACCUGGACUUGCUUUACUAUGCAGCAGCUCACACUGGCCGCAAAAGGCUCGCGGACGCUGCCACUCGACACGCACACAAACUAUUACGCACCCAUCUUCGUCACGAAACCGGGACAUACUCCCAUCGCAAAGGCUACAAUGGCCCGCUUUUUAGUACGUUUCACGUUACGAACUUUGAUCCCGCGACCGGGUGUCUGAAAGAAGCUCGGACUGGUCAGGGUUACGCAAAGGAUUCAACCUGGGCCCGCGGCCAAGCGUGGGGAAUUCUCGGAUAUUCACAGACAUUCCAAUGGACAGGCGAGGAAGAAUUUCUCACCGCCGCAUGUGGGCUAGCAGAGUAUUUCCUUCUCAGGCUGGAAAUGGCGCCUGACUGCGUUGAGCAAACUAUUUCUGCUGGAUCUAAUGGCAAUGAUACGUCAGAACGUCGCACCUGUGGCCGCCUGGUUCCACUCUGGGACUUCGAUGCUCCUGUCGAUGAGGCGAACCCGCUUCGCGACUCAUCUGCUGGCGUGAUUGCCGCAAAUGGCUUACUGGUACUGGCACAGUCUCUCAUUUCUCGCGGUGAACACUCGAAGGGUCGUCGUUACCUUGAAGCCGCACUUUCGCUUGUUGAAGACGCGUUGGCUUUAUCGCUCGCGGAUGAAAAGGCGUCUAUUUUGGUGCUUGGGGACGAGAUUCUGGUGGAAGAUUUACAGCCUUAUGCGAGAUUCGAGGCGAUCUUGAAGAAUGCGACAGCCAAUCAUAAUGCGUCCGAUCAUCGUCGUUACUGGGAUCAUGGGCUAGUCUAUGGGGAUUAUUAUCUUGUUGAGUUUGGGAAUCGGUUGCUUCGAAUGGGACUUGCCUGA